UUUCAGAUUUCGAUUUCAGAUUCGACGAAGCGACGAAGGCACAGUGGCACAGUGACGAAGGAACCAAGUCACCAAGUCAACCAAGCAAGGAGUGCCAAGGAACCCUCAGGCUCAGGCCCAGAGUUCAUUAAAUUUGUCCAAAUUUUAUUAAAGCAGAGAAGAAUUUCUUACUUUUGUCGUGUUUCUAUAAUUUAUUUAGAGUCGUAAUUUUUUAUGUUCCUGAACAAUCUGAUAUUAUAACUUAAUAGGAAGCUUAUAUAUGUCACCUAAAUAAUAAUUCCUUCUAAACACUUAUAACCUCAAACAUGGUUCACGGUUUUAUUGUUCCUACUCUAAAUGUAUUUAAGAAUGUAUUUAAAAAACUCAAAGGAACUUAAUUUUACUCUAUAAGAUUGCAAGUUUUCAAUUCAAUUGACAUGUUGAUGGGUUAUACGAUAUGUAUUCAGUAAUAUUUAAUUCACGGUAAUCUACUGUUCCUUUGUUUACAAUAAAUAUUAUUUGUUAUUGUUUUGCUAUGAGUUUUAUGUAACUUGAUAUAUUUCUAAAAUGUAUCUGAGAGGAUUUGGUCUAGGUUUUUACAAUCAAAUGUGGUUACUAAUUACAUUAUCAGUAUUUGUAAUUACUGUGAUAUUUUAUGAAAUGAAGAUCGAUCGCUUUGAAAACAACCGGGUCAGUUUAGAAGCAUCUCUGGCCAGAUAUCAGAAAUUGGAAAGUGUUAAUCAGAAGCAGAAUUCAGGCAAUUCUUCUUCUCAGCAUGAUGACACAAUAAUUGUGUACAAUAGAGUUCCAAAGACUGCUUCAACGAGUUUUGUUAAUAUAGCAUACGAUCUCUGCAAGCGAAAUGGGUUCAAUGUACUUCAUUUGAAUAUAACUGGAAAUUUGCACAUCAUGUCCCUUGCUGACCAGGCAAGAUUUAUUUGGAAUGUGACUCAUUGGAAUGUAAAGAAGCCUGCUUUCUAUCACGGACAUGUUGCAUUCAUAGACUUUCAAAGAUUCGGUUCAACACAGCGUCCGAUCUACAUUAAUCUACUUAGACGGCCACUUGACAGACUUGUAUCUUAUUAUUAUUUUCUAAGAUUUGGAGACAAUUAUCGGCCGCAUCUUGUUAGAAGAAAACAUGGCGAUAAAAUGACGUUUGAUGAAUGUGUAGAACAAGAUUUGCCUGAUUGCAAUCCUGACCAGAUGUGGUUGCAAAUUCCAUUCUUAUGCGGGCAUUCAGCAGAUUGCUGGACACCAGGUAAUGCAUGGGCAUUGGAGGAGGCGAAAAGAAAUCUUAUUUCGCAGUAUUUGGUCGUUGGUGUGAUGGAACAGUUGUCUGAUUUCAUUGCUAUUCUGGAAGCAACGUUGCCUGGAUUCUUUAGAGGAGCUGUCGAACACUUCAAGCACAGUAAAAAAGCCCAUCUACGUAAAACAAACCAGAAACUGAAGCCAAAAGAGUCUACAAUCAAGAAAAUCGAAGAGUCGAGAGUUUGGAAAAUGGAGAAUGAGCUGUAUGAGUUUGCACUGGAGCAAUUCGAGUUUCUGAAGAGGAAAAUGACUGUCAACAAAGACGGAGAGCUCAUCGAUAAGGGACAGCAGUUUAUGUAUGAAAAAAUCAGUCCAAAAUCGCAAACAAAGUAUUCUUAGUUCCUCAAAUUAUUUGUUGUAAAUAGUUCGAUCAAAGCUUAAGUGAUAACAACCAAUAUGCUUAUUUUAGGUUUUAUCCAUUUAGUUAUAAGGUGUUGAAGUUGGUUCAGUCACGAGAAUGGGUUUGGUUAGUAAAAAGGACGCUUUUGUUAGCUACCGUUUCAGAAUGUGCUUGAGAAACAGCGCAUGCGCACUAUUCUAUUUCACUCUCAAACCACUACCAUUUAAAACGUAAUGUCGAGACUGAAUUCAGAAAAAGUUUUGUAUAUACCGUAUUAGAAGUGUUUGUAAUUGACAAACCACAUUUUUCCACUGCUUCUACUAUUAACAAUGCUGGAAACAUAAAACUGUAGAUAUAUCUAAUGAAAAUAUUCAUUCCGUUACUUACAUUGUAAAUAAAUACUUACACUGCUUCCAUUGUACGGGUUUUCGAACACAAUAUUGCAUCCAUCUCUGUUCAUUCAAUACCAUAUGGAUGGUAUUGAUCUAUUAGCAUAAUUUUAGUUUUCUCAAAUUCGAGGGGAAUAUUAAAUCACAUCUGUGAUAUUUGUGUAGUAAUAGUAGUAGUCAUAAUGAUAAAAACUUCUGGUAUUUCAAAUAAUUAUGUUUUUAAUUUUGAUUAUAAGCUUUUAUAACGGUUGUAAUUUUAAGCAAGUGUGAUCCAAUUCAUAUUCAUAAUGAUAAUAAUUAUGAAUACUCCAUUCAUAAUAAAGGAGUAUUUUCUUUGCAGUUGAUACUCUGUUACUUGUAUUGUUAAUAAGGGCUAGAGUACCUGGUUAUUUAUUUAGAAUUUUUAUUUGUGGCAGCUACAAACUUACAUUGAAAGGUUCAUUAUUGAUGUAUCAGCUCAGGUUUAACUGUGAGUAUAUUAUAUUCACCGGGUUUACAUUUUUUUCGGAGGCUGUUAGUGUAUUAUAAAUACUGACGACUUGAUGCUAUUGAUAUUGCAGUGUAUCACUAGAUUGAUAAUGAUUUCUUCGUAUUGUGAUAACAUCUUUAUUUUACUGCUUGAUGCUUUCUUUUCAGUUGUAAGUGUUACUGUCAUUAACAGCUCUUUCAACCACUUGAACAUUUUACAUAAACUGCAUUAUCAGACCUCUUUGCUUGUUUCAAAGAUUGGACAAAUUCAAAAUUUGUGUUGGAUUCCAUUGUCUCGAUGUUAUCAAUAUUCAUUCUUGGAAUUCUCAAAUAACCUACAACAAACAGUUUUGACUGUGACAUGAAUAUUUAUUACAAUUAACUAACGUUGAACGGUCUUUAGAUCAAAUAUAUUAUAAAGUCAAUCUCUUCAAGUUUCUUUAGCCGUAAUUAUAUAGAUUUCAUUACAAUCACCUGUAAAACUUGUUUUAUGUGAGAUAUGAGACUAAUUUAUUUGUACAUUGGCGAUUCACUAUUUCAUCUAAAAAUCCUGAUAACGAACGUUCUUCUAAUAUUCUUCUGAAUAUCUUUCCUCUGUCGUAUCUUUCUCGUCUCCAGAAGAUCAAUUCAUGGAAAACUGCGCAUCUUCGCCUGCGCAAGUCGUCUGAGCUGGUUCAAUCAAUCUUCUUGUUUACUCUUACGACGUUCUACUUUUUUUACUCCCAACUUAU